GCGCUCUGAUUGGUCGACAGUGACAACGUCACUUCUCCAGUUGACCGGGAAACCGGAAGCCAUGAAGGAGCCCGGCAGCUCUUAAAUUAAAGUCUCCAGCUUUCCUUCAGUCAGCUGCGUGGACAAAUACCGACUCUUCAAACUGCUGUGUGGACAAAUACCGACUCCCGAAAACUGCCGUGCGGACAAAAAGCGACUCCCGGAACCGAGAGAGACAGGAUAAUCGUGUUUAAUAGGCUUGAAGCAUCAUGACCCAACAAGCGGCCGCCUUGCAGACCUACAACAAUGAACUUGUCAAGUGCAUCGAGGACCUGUGCUCCAAGAGGGAUGAGCUGAACCGGCAGAUCAAGCAGGAGGAGGAGGAGAAGGAGCGCCUGGAGCACGACAUCCAUGUCCUGUCGGAGAAGCUGAGGAGGGUGAGCGAGAGCCUGUCGCAGAGGCAGGCGGCCCGAGCCACCUUCGACCGGACCAUCGCCGAGACCGAGGCGGCCUACACCAAGAUCCUGGAGAGCUCGCAGUCGCUGCUCAGCGUCCUGAAGCAGGAGGCGGGAAACCUCAGCAAAGCCACGGAGCCUCGCAGGAAGGAGCACUGACCCACCCCCUCCCCCUCCCGUGACCCCUGACCUCCCCAGGAAGGAGCAGGUCGCACAGCCACAGACCUCAAAUUGUAAUAUAUUUCAAUAAAUAGAUUCCUGUCAACACAGCAGCCACUUUCCUUCAAAUUUUUCUAUUUAUUGAGCUUUUAUUUUUACAAGUAUGACAUCACUUUCUUUUUUUUUUUACUUGCUCGGAUCAACGAUAACUUUACAGUAAGCACAUCUGCGAUGUAGAUUUACAGACGAGGGGAGAAACAAAAAAAAAAAAAAAAAGAUGGAGCUUCUACCACAGAUUUGCUACAGUGUGAGCGGACGGAGGACGUCUUCUCCGCGUCACACCUCUGACGUCCGCGCGUCGAGAGGCCGGCGGGUCAAGU